UAUUUGGAAAAGUAAUGCAUGUGACUUACAUUUUUACAAUGGUGUUCUCACUGCAGUUCAUCUUAAACAUUAGUAUUCUUGUAAAAUCCUUAUCUAACAAUAUCAGUGCUGACUAAUGGCUUAACUUUGCCUUUUUUGCAAACAACUUAUUGUAUAUUUUUAUUACUCUACUAUAGCCCAGCACCGGGAAGCCUGCCAGCUCACAGAUUCACAAUGCCUGGGACCACAGCAGGGAAGAUGGAUCUCUCCAAGCUCACAGAUGAGGAGGCCAAACAUGUUUGGGAAGUCGUCCAGCGAGAUUUUGAUCUGAGGAAGAAGGAGGAAGACAGACUUGGGGAGCUAAAGACCAGGAUUGAAAAAGAAGACACCAAGAGAGAGUUGUUGGGCAAUCAGACCAGCCUGACUGAGUCGUACUGUAUUCGAUGUCUCCAGCCCUUCAAGUUCCUGGUCAACAGCAAGCGUCAGUGUCUGGACUGCCAGCUCUACAUCUGCAAAUCCUGUAGUCGUUACAACAAGAGGGAGCAUGGCUGGGUGUGUGAUCCCUGUCGCAUGGCCAGGGUCCUCAAGAUUGGUACUUUGGAGUGGUACCACGAAAAUGUUCGGGCCCGCUUUAAGCGCUUCGGCAGUGCCAAGGUGAUGCGAUCGCUCUUCAAGAGGUUGAGUGGAGAACACAGUUGCUCUCAGAAUGACCUUGAAGAUGGAUAUGAGGAGCACAGUAUGGACGCAACAGAUUCACAGCACUACGAAGGGAUGAAAAAGGCCAAAAGGCGGCUAACUGUCGACCCCUUUGAAUUUGAGCUGGGCUAUGACUACUCUGUCGAAUCAAGAAGACGGUCAAAUCAGGCCCCAGUCUCCCAGGACAUCAUGGACAUGGAUGUAGGUGUGAGGGAGUCAAUGCUUGCUGAGGCUGAUAUGGCGUCUGUUUUCAGCCAGAUUUUGGAGGACCAACACAAAGGUCUGGACCUGGGAAUGGCUCCACAGCAAGAUGACCUUGCGUACCCAGACAACCACACUAUUCCAUCUCGCUCCAACUCCCGGCUCAGCUACUCCUCAUGCGGCAGUGGUCGUGUUUGGGGCCCCCGGGGCAGCAGGGGCCCUGAUGAUUUAGAGGAUGAGGAUGACCACUGCCAGCCCUACCCUCUCUACCAGUCUCAUCUGGGCCCCCGCAGCCACACCUCCCAGGAGAGCUUGAACUCCCCGAACCCUCCACCGCAGAUCACUGACCUGAACAGACGCAUGUCAGCCAUUGAGACCUUCUUGAACCACUUAGAGGAGAAGGUCACCUCAACAUACGACCAGACCAACCAGGAUCCUCUGACUCCAAACAGCCCCUCUCCUCUUCCUCAGUUUGAGGAAGUCGACCUAGAGGAGCAGCAACUGAGACAGAAGCUGCUCGAGAUGACGGACAACAUUAGUGACCAUAGCCUAACCUCUGAUGAGGACGAGCCCAACAGGCCACACUCCUCCCAAGAGAUCCCAGCAUGGAAGAGUCCAGAUGGGGAUGUCAGGCCAACCAGACUGCCUACCAGACCCACAUCCAGAGCAAGCAUCAUUGUCUCCAGACUUGAGGAGGAGCAGCCUCAGCUGACUGACUCUCAGAAGACUAACCAUUCAACAGAGAGCCUGGAGAGGAAGUGGCACCCCCUAGAGGAAGGAUCCAAGGGAGGCUUCAAAGGCUCUGCAGCAUUACUGGUUGAGCUGGAGGACCAGGUAGCUCAAGCAGCUGCCAACGUCCAGAACGCCCAGAGUGAGGUCUCGUACAUAGAGGACAGGAUUGCUGCCCUGAACGCUGCUGGCAUGCCAAUGGAUAGAAGAAGAAGGUCUGCAAUCCCGAUCCAAGCAAGAAGGCUUUCCCACAACUUUCCCACAAGCCAGGCGGACAGGUUUGUGAGGAACUCCCUCUACAGGGGCUCUCUGACACAGAGGAACCCAGUGGCCAAGCCUAAGACCAGGGCUACCAGUGCGAAACCAGUAAUGACACAGGGUUCAUGAGGAGGAGGCUGAGCAUUAUGUGACUGGCGAGUUUUCCAUGUGAUGACAUUUAUUAUUACAGUUUGUGAUAAACUGAAAUUUUGCUGGAAUGAAAUUCCCGUUUAAAUUUCAGAGACGGUCAACUAGAAUGGGAGUGCUUACAUUUAUAUUUACCAAUAUUUUUUUGUGAUAUUGUUGUGAUAUUUUACUGGGCUAGAUCCAUACUAUAUUUUAAGCAUAUGUUGGAGUUACACAUGAUAUGCAUUACCUUUGCUAGGCCUGUAUCUUAUACUUAAUAUUUGCAUACAUUAACAUGCAAGUGAAUGAAUUCACCUUAAUGUGAAAAAAAUUGCAGUUUCCAUGGUAAUCUGAAAUCUGUAGUUAUUUAUUCCAAUGUUCACACGGUACGAAUGAAGCAUGACAGAAAAUCAAAACAUUUUCUUUCGCUUGUAGUGCAGUAACAAACUAUGAAUGAACUACUAAAAUAAAAUAAAUUUUAAUCAUAGCAAGUGCACCAAGUCUUAUAUGGUUAGUUAAAGGUCUUGUGAAUGAAUCAGAUAUAGACAUCUGCACACAUUCCCUGACAACGUGCAUGUUAUUUAUAAAACGGUACAGCUACAUAAUCAAAUUGCAUUUGAAAAUGCUACAAUUGAAACUAGUGGUUAAUUUGUAAAGUGACACGUCUCAUAUAAUUUAAUGUAGUCUAUCUUGCGUUUCGCAGAAACAUGAACUAUUUGCCAUGUUCACCGCGUUCAGUGAACGCCAAUGAUGUCACAUCACGUAAACACUUAUUGUUGUUAAACCGUAGUAGAUGAUAAAGGAAAUGCCCAAUGUUUGAUCUGAAGAUGGUUUAAUGAUUUUCUUUGAAUGCAUACACAUACAGACGGGAGACAAAGUAAAGGAAAAACCUAAAUUAAAGAAACACACAAAUGCAGCUGCUUCAAUGCAGGGUCACUGAAUGGUUUGAUGAGAUUGACAAUGAUGUAAAUCCCAUCCUAUGGCCUUUUCAGUCACAGAUUCUCUUUAAAUGAAUCGUCCAUCUGUUAAACAUUAUUUUCAGCUAUACACUGUGCACACAUGUGUACACACUGCUGAGAUAAAUGAACCUCCCCUGUGGCAACACUGUGGGGUUUUCUAAACUACUACUAAACUGAUUGUUUCAAGCCUGUUUAAUUAUGUGUAACAUUUUUUGUCUCAUUCUUAUUAAAUUUUUUUACAACUAAA